UGAGGAUUACCUGUCGUCCUUCAUUUUUGCCUUGAAACGCUGCUAAAAUGCACCAGAAACUCUUCAAGAGUGCUCAUUACAUUGAGCUGGGAAGCUACCAGUAUUGGCCUGUCUUGGUGCCUCGAGGGAUCCGCCUGUACACCUAUGAACAGAUUCCAGUAUUCCUUAAGGACAAUCCUUACAUCACGGAUGGCUACAGAGCGUAUCUGCCUUCCAGGCUGUGUCUGAAAAGCUUGUUCAUCUUGUCCAACGAGACGGUCAAUAUCUGGAGUCACUUGCUGGGUUUCUUCCUCUUCUUCGUUUUGGGCAUCUAUGACAUGACUUUGGUGUUGCCUUCAGUGAGUGCCUCAAGAGAAGAUUUUGUCAUUUGCUCCAUUUGUCUCUUCUGCUUUCAGGUCUGUAUGCUUUGCUCAGUAGGGUAUCACCUUUUCUGUUGUCAUCGCUCAGAAAAAACCAGCCGAAGGUGGAUGGCGCUGGAUUACGCAGGCAUUUCCAUCGGUAUCCUGGGCUGUUAUGUGUCUGGAGUCUUUUAUGCAUUUUAUUGCAAUAACUACUGGCGUCAGGUGUAUCUGAUCACCGUGCUUGCGAUGAUCUUGGCUGUCUUCUUUGCUCAGAUCCACCCGAGUUACCUCACUCAGCAGUGGCACAGGUUGCGCUCUGUCAUAUUCUGCUGUGUCUCGGGCUACGGGAUCAUUCCAACCAUCCACUGGAUGUGGCUCAACGGGGGCGUCAGCGCAACUAUCGUGCAGGAGUUUGCUCCACGUGUGAUUGUGAUGUACUUAAUAGCUGCUAUAGCGUUUCUUUUCUAUAUUUCCAAAGUCCCAGAACGAUAUUUCCCUGGGCAGUUGAACUACCUCGGCUCCAGCCACCAACUGUGGCACAUCCUUGCGGUGAUGAUGUUGUACUGGUGGCAUCAAUCGACAGUGUACAUUAUGCAGUACAGGCACAGCAAGCCGUGCCCGGACCACAGCGCAUAA